UGCUGCUGGCAAUGCACGACGGCACAGCUUCGCCACGCAGUUUCAGCCGGCACCCCGGCAGCACAGGGACCGGGGUAAGGUCGGCGGCUGCUGCUGAAGGCGACUUCUUGGUGCCAGGCAGGGCGGUGGUCCUGGAAGGGGGGGACCCUUCCCUCGUGCAUCAAGGACCCCCAGGAGCUUUUUGCCAGGCUGGCUGGACCCCCCUGGUCUUGCGGCCACCAGCUUUGCAGGCUGCUGUGGCCACCAGCGCCGUGCCCGGGGCUCCUGCCCGGCUGCAUGGGCCGUGCCACGCAUGUGCUGCUGCUGCCGCGGCGCAGGGCCGGCUGCAUGGCCAGCGAUGGGCACCGCCGCUUCCCCCGUCGGCAUCUCGCCUGCUCUCCCCUCUCCACCGGCUAGAUGAAGCCCGUCUGCCCGCCACCGGGCUCCUCUGCUCUCCCUGUCCCACCCAGGCCGUACCCGUAUCACCCCCAUCCCACAAUUCGGGGGGGCUGGGAGCGUGGCCGGACUCCCACCGCAGCGGGGUCCCUCUCCACUGGCAGCCUGGCUUGGCUCUGGGGACACCUGGCUUGCUGGCAUGCCACAAUUCCGGGGGUGGGGGCGAAGCAGGGGGGGGGCUCACCUCCCCCAGCGCUGUGGGAGCCCCCAGCCGGCAUGACCCCGCAAGACAGGGGGAUGCUGAGACCCAGCAGCGAGGGUGCUGGCGGCUGGGUGCUGGGCUGGGAGGGACGGGGACGGGGACGGGCUGGCUGGCAGCACGUGAGCGGGCGCCGGGGGGAUUCGCCUUCAUGCAGCAGCCUAAUUAGCUCGCAGACGAGGUCGGCCAACGCGCUGGGAAGGCACCGGCUGCCUGGCAGCCGCGGGAGCGGGAGGGCACCCAACCGGCCGGGUGCUGCGGUGCCGUGGCCGAGCCCCUUCCCCACCCACCCCAGCACCCUGGGACGGCGCCCGGGAGGCAGGACGGGCGAGAUGGUGGCAGCACGAGAACCCCGUGCCGCCGGCGAGGCCGAGCCGGGGCCGAGAGGCAGAGGAACCGGUCGCUGCAUCCGCUGGCCCCUGCCGGAGCGCUCCCUGCGCUGGGGCAUCUUCUCUCUAACUCUCUUCUUUUCCUUCCUCCAAUUUUGCCCCUUCACCUUCUUCUCCUUUCUCUCCUCUCCUCUGCCCUUCCUCUCCCUAAGUUUCGAGGACUCCACCUUGUCCACAGCCACUACCCUUGAGUAUAUCCCCACCUCAGCAGGCGACCCCAAAUGCCAGAGGCCCCGCACGCUCAUGCGCCAGCAAAGUCUGCAGCAGCCCCUCAGCCAGCACCACCGCGCCAACCACAGCCAGCCCACCACCAGCCAGAGCCUGGGCCACCUCCAGGCCCACAGCGGCUCCUCCGCCAGCGCCGGCAACCCCCGGGGCUCCCGCGGUGGCCAGGCGCGCCAGGGCAUCGCCGCCGGCUCCAAGCAUCGGACGGCUGGCGGCCGGAGCCGCUCCAAUCCCGGCAGCUGGGACCAUGUGGUGGGGCAAAUCCGCAACCGCGGCUUGGACAUGAAGUCCUUCCUGGAAGGCCGGAUGGUGGUGUUAUCCCUGGUUUUGGGACUCUCAGAGCAAGAUGACUUUGCCAAUAUCCCCGACCUGCAACCUGCUGGGACGCAGCCGAACCAGCCGAACGCUCAGGGGGACAAGAGGUUACCGGCCGGCGGCAAAGCGGUGAACACAGCGCCAGUGCCCGGGCAGCCGCCGCACGAUGAAUCCGAUCGCAAGACGGAGCCACACUCCUCCGUCUCCGACCUGGUCAACUCCCUGACCAGCGAGAUGCUCAUGCUCUCCCCAGGCUCCGAGGACGACGAGGGGCACGAUGGCGUCAGCCGGGAAAACCUGGGCCGCAUCCAAUUCAGCGUCGGCUACAACUUCCAGGAGUCCACCCUGACCGUCAAGAUCAUGAAGGCGCAGGAGCUGCCGGCCAAGGACUUCAGCGGCACCAGCGACCCCUUUGUCAAGAUCUACCUGCUUCCCGACAAGAAGCACAAGCUGGAGACCAAGGUGAAGCGGAAGAACCUCAACCCGCACUGGAACGAGACCUUCCUCUUUGAAGGGUUCCCCUACGAGAAGGUGGUGCAGCGGGUGCUGUACCUCCAGGUCCUGGACUACGACCGCUUCAGCCGCAACGACCCCAUCGGGGAGGUGUCCAUCCCCCUCAACAAGGUGGACCUCACCCAGAUGCAGACCUUCUGGAAGGACCUGAAGCCGUGCAGCGAUGGCAGCGGAAGCCGUGGGGAGCUGUUGCUGUCACUGUGCUACAACCCUUCCGCCAACUCCAUCGUGGUGAACAUCAUCAAAGCGCGUAACCUCAAAGCCAUGGACAUCGGGGGCACGUCAGAUCCCUACGUGAAGGUGUGGCUGAUGUACAAGGACAAGCGGGUGGAGAAGAAGAAGACGGUGGUCAUGAAGCGGUGCCUGAACCCCGUCUUCAACGAGUCCUUCGCCUUCGACAUCCCCACAGAGCGGCUGCGCGAGACGACCAUCGUCAUCACCGUCAUGGACAAGGACAGGCUGAGCCGCAACGAUGUCAUCGGCAAGAUCUACCUGUCCUGGAAGAGUGGCCCUGGGGAGGUGAAGCACUGGAAGGACAUGAUCGCCCGUCCCCGGCAGGCAGUGGCACAGUGGCACCAGCUGAAGGCCUGAGCACCCCAGAACUGCUGGGUCGGGGAGUGGGGGUCCCCUUUCCCAGCCCCCCCACCCCACCCCGUCACCCCUUUGCGGGGAUCCCGGCGAGGAGCCCAGGGACCAGCGGGACAGCGGCCCGGCUCGCGGGGACCCCGCGGUAGGAGGGGGACGGAGACACCCCCCCCCCGCCGGCCCCCCGCUUUCACCUCUCCCCGGCGCUGGGGUGUGGGGGGCCAUGCAGCCACCCAGGACCCUCGCCCGAGAAGGGUGCUAGAAGCGAUGACACCCCCUCCUCCUCAUCCCCGUCCCCGGACAGGACUUCUGCAAGUGCUUCCAGCCCUGGUCCUUGGGAGCCCCUCUGCCCCUCCCCAGCCUCACCCUCCACCCCCCCCCCCCAAAUUUCAGGGGGUCAGGCUGCAGGUACAAGAGGGACCCCCACCUCCCCUUCCCUUUCAGCUCAAUAAAACCUCUCGGAGCCGUCAGCGUUGCCCGAGCGGGGCUGUGGAGCCCCCCCUCCAUGCCCUGCCUCAUCCCCACCGCCCUCCCCAAAGCCACGCUGGGCUGGGGGGCACCGGGGGGUGGGGGGAGAGGGCAGCCCCCUUCCCCGGGCCAGGCGCGGGCUCCUGGGAUCGGAAGCCAUGACACAGUUCGUUAGCCAAAGCGGGCUCGUUUGUGCACUGCCUUUAGCCGGGUUUGAUGCUUUACCUCCCUCUUCAGGCUCGGUGGGAGGGGGAGGUCGAUAACCCCGUCCUGGGGCUCGCCCCCCCCCCCCCCUUUUCAUGGAGACCCCUUAUCCUGUCCCCACCCCAGUUUUUCCCCUCCAUUAUCCCCCCCCUCGACUCCAGGUAUGUCCCCAUGGGGCUGGGCAGGGACCUCGAGCCUGGCACUGCCCACCCCCCCGCCCUGAGGGGAUGCUGAACCCCAAAUCAUCCCCUUCCAGCUGGGCUGACCCCCUUCCCUUCCCAGUACUGGGGUCCCUGGGGGAUAAGGGAUGGAGCAAGUGCCAUUGUCCCCAUCCUGGCUAGGUGACAUUCCCUGGGCCAGCCAGCCUGGCAGGAGCAGUGCCAGCAUCUCCCCGUUGUCUCCCCCCACCCCUCCCCGGGAAGCACACGCUGGACCCCUGCCCGCUACCAGGACAGGAGCCCCCCAAAACAGGGACAGACCCACCUGGGAGCUCCAUGGGGCGCAGAGGCUCGGGGUUGGGGGGGGGGGGUGGGUUGGUGACAGAUGGGGUUACUCAGCGGGGUCGGCGGUGGCUCACCACGGCGGACGUGGGUCCUGGCAGGACCCCGGCAGCGCUGGGUGGGAGGUGACACACCCCUGCCCAUCCCCAUCCCCGGGCAGGUGACACUUUUCGGUGUCCCGCUGCUCCGUCAGGACUGGCACAAGGCAAGGACGCGGUGGCCGGAGUGUGUGUGUUUUUGAGGUGGGGGGGGGGGGCGAGGGGGGGGAUUCCCAGGGUGCCCCACCAGCCCCCCCAGCCUCACGGCUCCCUCUGAACGGAGGGGCAUCGGCCGAGCCCUCCCAGAGGAGGGGAGAGGUGGGUGCUGCCAUGUCAGGUAGGGCACAGCCACCCAUGGGUGUGGGGGCACCCAAAGCAAGCCUGAAGGUGCCCACCAGCACAGAGCCACCCUGCCUGACCUGGGGGGGGGGGGGGGGGGGGGGGGGGGGGCUGUCCCCCCCAUCCUCAGUCUUCUUGCUCCCCUCCCAUGGCACCCACCACCCUUCGCCCUUCCUGCACCCACGGGGAGAACACUGACACCCCUCUGUGUCACCAAGCCACCCCCCCAACCCCCCCAGGUGCCACCAAGGCCCCAGGAUGUCCCCUGGGGUGCUGCGUACAGCCGGGAGCCUGGUUUUAGUGAGGGAGGGUGCUUCACCCCGUCGCCAUCAUCCCUGGGUGUCUCCCCAAGCGUUAAUGCCACCCCGCCAGGCUUGGGGGGGGGGCGGGGGGCGGGGGGGAGCGGGGGGGUGGACAGGGUGCUGGCAGGGGGGCACCCACUGACCCCCUGAGGUGCUCCAUGGGGUUUCUCUGCUGCUCAGAGGGACCCUGCACCAGAACACACACCACCCCCCCACCCCCCCCAAAAAAAAAGUCCCCGGGGUGCCCAGCUGCUUGUUCCUUCUCCUGCCGGAUUGGGGACAUCCCUGACACCUCUGGGGCCAUGUGGGGACACGGUGGCACCGGGACUGUCCGGGGGCUGCAGCCGGGAAGGGUCCAGCAGCCCCCACAGUCCCUCUUUAGACAAUUUUGGACAAUCUGGAGAGAAGUCAUAAUACUGCUACUACAGUAAUAAUAAUGCUUUUAGGGACAUUUGUAUUUUUAUCAUAUUCUCUCUUUUUUUAACAUAAAAGAAGAGAUUUACAUACCUGGGGAAGGGGCCGGAGCCCAGGGGCAGCAGGGCCAGGGCACCCCAAAACCAGGCACCGUGGUGGGCUGUGCUGGGACCCCCCCCCCCCAAACCCUGGGGGCUCCCCAUGGGCAGGGGUAGCCCAGGCGCCGGUGGGACUGUGCCAAGGUGGGUGCCCACCCAUCGCCCUUCGGGCACCCCGCUGCUCCGGGUAGGGUUUCUUGUCUGCAGUCAGCUCCCCGGGGCUUGUGUUGUUCAUUUUUAACUCUAGAGCUCUUAGCCGUUAUCUUGUUCAGGUAUCUCUCUUCUUCAUGUGACGGUAACAUCCAACUGGUGUGUAAAAUACAGAAAAACUGGGAAAAAGAAAAAAAACAAACAAACAAACAAAAAAGAAAAGACAAAAAAAAAAAAGGACAAAAGAAAAAGACAAAAAAAAAAAAAGAUAAAAAAAUACCAAAAAAAAAAAAAAAAAAAAAAAAGCCCAGACCGGCUAGAUCAAGGGGAUGCCCAGAUGACGAUGCCACCCCGCUGCCGGUGGCUUUGCUGCGCGGGGGUGACCGUGGCCGGCCACCCCCUUUUCUAAUAAUGGCAGCGGAGGCUGGGGCUGGCAGCGUGGGGGGAGGCUGGGGGGCGAGGGCCGGGGUGUGCGGGUCCGGGCGCCUUCUUUGCAGAAUCCUAUUUUUGGGGAGCGGGGCCCCUCGUUUUCUGGAGGCAGCCCCUGCUCUCGGUAAUAAAGGACAGUCAGUAACUGCCA